UCAACAAAUCCAAGUGAAAAAGAAAAUGAAGAGUCUAAGCUCAAAACUUCUGUAUGUCAUGCUUCUCAUCCUUGUGGCUACCCAGUGGCCUGGCUCUGAAGCUCAGAGCUGCCGUCCUAGUGGCCAAAUCAGGGGCAAGAAGCCUCCUCCAGGGCAAUGCAACACGGGGAACGACUCGGAUUGCUGCAAGGAAGGGAAAAUGUACCCAGUCUACAAGUGCUCGCCAACAGUCUCGGGCAACACCAAGGCCACUCUAACCAUCAACAGCUUUGAGAAGCGCAAGGACGGGGGAGGCCCGUCAGAAUGCGAUAACCAGUACCACUCUGAUGACGUUCCGAUUGUGGCUCUGUCAACGGGGUGGUUCAACCACAGAAGCAGGUGCCAUCGUAACAUUACCAUAAAUGGGAAUGGGAGGAGCGUGAUGGCUAUGGUGGUGGAUGAAUGUGAUUCCACCAUGGGAUGUGAUGAUGACCACGACUAUCAGCCUCCAUGUGCUAACAAUAUCGUCGAUGCAUCUCGCGCUGUGUGGGUUGAAAAGGCAAUGCCCUCUGCCCAGUGGCCUGGCUCUGAAGCUCAGAGCUGCCGUCCUAGUGGCCAAAUCAGGGGCAAGAAGCCUCCUCCAGGGCAAUGCAACACGGGGAACGACUCGGAUUGCUGCAAGGAAGGGAAAAUGUACCCAGUCUACAAGUGCUCGCCAACAGUCUCGGGCAACACCAAGGCCACUCUAACCAUCAACAGCUUUGAGAAGGGCAAGGACGGGGGAGGCCCGUCAGAAUGCGAUAACCAGUACCACUCUGAUGACGUUCCGAUUGUGGCUCUGUCAACGGGGUGGUUCAACCACAGAAGCAGGUGCCAUCGUAACAUUACCAUAAAUGGGAAUGGGAGGAGCGUGUCGGCUAUGGUGGUGGAUGAAUGUGAUUCCACCAUGGGAUGUGAUGACGACCACGACUAUCAGCCUCCAUGCGCUAACAAUAUCGUCGAUGCAUCUCGCGCUGUGUGGGCAGCCCUGGGAGUUCCCCAGGAUAGCGAUGACUGGGGGUGGAUGGACAUUACCUGGUUGGACGCUUGAACCUUUGUCUAGUAUGUAUACAGUUUCCAGUGUGGUUCAUUCAUCUAUGUGAUGAGGUGUGUAUCUACGAUAUUGAUAUUGUGUGGACUUGUAAAGUAUGUACGAUAUGUAAUCAUCAACCCUUAUCUCCGUUUCUACAAAAUAUGAUGCAUUUCAUACUGUUACGAUCAAUUUGAUAUUAUUGUUAAACGGAGAAAUCUAUGAUCUCCUUUCA